AUAUAAAUUCUAACUAUUACAUAUUUUACCCUUUCAGCAGCACAUUUAAAUCGAAACAAGAAAUUUGAAUAAAUAUACAACAUUUUUCUUUGUUUUACUUUAUUUGCGGAAAAAGUGUGUAAAAUUGGAGGACAGUGAAAACCAGGUUAUUUUGUCAAAAUAAACAAAAACUGAGCUGUUUACGAUUUUUUUAUUAACCCCGCGGUAUAAAAAUUAGUUCCGGUGCAUGAAGCUAGGUCAUGCUUUGAUGAUUAAACUAGAGAAAGUUAAUGACUUCAACGAAAGGAGGGUAAAAACAAUCGCCGCGAAACUGACAACAAACAGUACAAAAAACUUUCACAGAAGCCGCGUUAUUAUCCAGAAGAAAAGAUUUUUACUCUGCUGUUUCUUAUGCAUGAUUUAAAACUGUGAAAAAAAAGCAGAAAUUAUGCACAACGAAAAAUAAAAACGUGCUUUGCAGAAAAUAAUAGAUAAUUAGCAAGAUUCAAAAAGCGACGCAUAUAUGACGUCAUAAUCAAACCACGAUCCGAAACAAUGGACACUGGUCAAUUAUUAGCACUAUAUUUCUUUCAAUUACUGCAGCUUUCCCAACUAUUUACCAUGGAUGUCAUUGAAACAGAUGUCGACCAUGAAAUUAUCUAUCCAUACAUCCAAUAUACCAACCAUCAAAGGGAAGACGAAAGAACUUAUAGAAGAAAAAGAAGCGCGAAUAAUUAUUACGGCGAUUACAAAGAUAGUAGAGAUAAAACCAAAAUGAAAAUUGACUUCAAUGCGUUAGGAAGAGACUUUAAAGUUGAUUUAGAUCUUAACAAAAAACUAUUAGCACCUAAUUUUAAAAUUGAAAUACUUGGAGAGCACGGUAAAGUUACAAAGAUUAACGGGGCACGGAAUUGUUACUACACAGGCAGGCUGCGAGAUGACAACACCAGUUUAGUUUCGUUGAGUCACUGCAACGGUCUGGAAGGAAUAAUUCAAACUGCUGGAGAGAAAAUAUCAAUCAAACCUUUCCGACACGAAGAUGGUGUGGAUGGCGAGCCGUCGUCGUCAAAGCAUCGUCCACAUGUGGUAAGAAGGAUGAAUGACGAGAUUGAAGACGCCUUGCAGAUGGUUGACGAUGUUCUAGGAACAGAUAAAUAUCGACAAAAAAGAUUUCUUGAAGAGGCUAGUGAUAGUAGCUGCGGCUUAGACGAUUUGAAGCCGCACAUACGUUGGACACGUGGUAUUAUGUCUGAAAAACUUGGUGAACAGACGAUAGAAACCAUGUUGACUAUUGACCAAAAAAUGACGCAAUACUAUGGCAUGGAUGCAGCAAAACAGUAUGCUCUGACAAUAGCCAACGUGGCACAUGAUAUUUUGCGCGAUUCAACGAUUGGUCCUAACACUGUCAACAUGAUCAUAUCAAAACUUGUCAUUUUGACGUCACCUUUGGAAGAUCUUACAAUCAAUCACCAUGCAAGAAAUUCUCUAGCAUCGUUUGGUAAAUGGUCUGAUAGAAGAAAUAAUAUCAAUACUGAUCAUCCUGACCAUUAUGAUUAUGCUGUUCUGUUUACAAAACAUGAUAUAUGUGUUGAUAAAAACCAACCUUGUGAAACAAAAGGUCUUUCAUACGUUGGAGGAAUGUGUGAUAACGAUAGAUCAGCUUCUAUCAUCGAAGAUGAUGGGUUUGGUGCAGCAUUUACAUUAGCCCAUCAAACAGGACACAGUCUUGGUAUGGAUCAUGAUGGUGUAGGCAACACGUGUGGACGAAGUAAACAUAUUAUGUCAACAAAUGGUGGUAGAGCAGAGGAUGCUUACCAUUGGUCUGCAUGUAGCAUUGAUUAUCUACAACAGUUCUUAAGAAAAGAGCAAUCCAAAUGUUUGGACAAUGACGCUCCGCGAGAUAAAAGAGAGGAAAUAUCGACCUACAAAAAUCCUGGCGAUAUAUACGAUGCAGAUACACAAUGUCGAUACGCGAUAGGAGAUAAAGCAAAACAAUGCUACGAAGAUGAUACAGAUAUGAUAUGUGCAGAAUUGUUGUGCUUCAACCCUCUUCAUAAUAAUUGUACCCGGAUCGGAAAACCGGCGAUGGACGGGACACCGUGUGGCGAGGGAAAGUGGUGCAAAGAAGCGAUUUGUGUUGAGAAGGGAAUUCGUGAUGAUCUCGUUGUGGAUGGUGGAUGGACACAGUGGUCUGGUUUUCAGCCAUGUUCGAGGACGUGUGGAGGAGGGAUAUCGUAUCGUGAAAGGGCGUGUCAAUCACCCAAGCCAAAACAUGGGGGAAAGUACUGCGAAGGAGAGUCAAGAAUGUAUAUUAUUUGCAACAAAGAGGACUGUCCUGCUCAAUCUAACUUUCGUCGCGCACAAUGUGAAAACCAAAGUUUAUCUUACUACGAAGAUCAUCUACUAAAUUGGACAUACACACAGAACGAGCCAGAAGCCAGUUGUGAUCUGAAGUGCAUGUCGACGAAAAAUAAUCUCGUCACAAAACUAUUUGGCCACGCAGUAGAUGGUACAGAAUGCGCAGUUUCAAAUAUACCUGGUCGAUGUGUAAGAGGGGAGUGUAAUACCGCUGGGUGUGAUUUAGUACUUGGCUCCACCCAACGUAAAGAUCGUUGCGGUGUGUGUGGCGGAGAUGGAAGCACUUGCGCUGAAAAAAUAGAUCUUAACCAGAAUCCAUUGGCUGUGUCCCGAUCAAUCAAUAAUGCCGAAAUAGUCGAUAAAUUGGCUAUCCUAGAAGAAAAACGCAGCCAUCACAUGCAGAAUGUCGCGAAGAAACUGAUCGAAUUGCGCAACAUUAUGAGAGAAGUUGUGAAGAAAAAAUGUGAUGAUGAUCCAGAAUGUAUUGGAAAAUUUGAUAUCAAUUCAUUUAGCAAGAAAGAGAGUGUGGAAUCGGUUCCAGGAAGGUUUCAGUGGGUGCUAAUAUCGAGCGGGUGUAGCGUGUCCUGUGGAAGAGGAAACGAAGUUAUGUUCCCAGAAUGUCGCAGAGUGGAUGAUGGGACGCCAGUUGCGCGUUUAUUUUGUAACAGUGCUAACAAACCACUGACUCUGUCAAAAACCUGUGAUCGAUCACCCUGUCCGCCGAGUUGGAAAAUUUCAAAAUGGUCAUCUUGUACGCGAUCUUGUGGAGGAGGGACAAAAAGAAGGAGCGUGUACUGUGUGGUAAAUGUUGGUAAAGAAGAGUAUGUUUUAUCCACAAGUCAGUGCGAUGUGGAGGAACAGCCGAAGCGUUUAUCAGCAUGUAAUCUAAGUCCAUGUCAAGCAGAAUGGUUUGCUGAACCAUAUGGAGCGUGCUCAACCUCGUGUGGUGUAGGCGUGCGUACAAGAUCUGUGGUUUGCAAGAAAGUAGAUUUAACAACAGGUAGCUCCACUGUUCUAUCUGAUAACGCUUGUUCUCACGCACCUGUACCAGAAACAGAAAUGAUCUGCAAUGCACACAACCCUUGUCCUGGAGCAGAUGAAUGCGGCAGUGUGUGGACAGACGCCCGUGGAAAUAUAAGCAGCCCGUCAUAUCCGAAUUACUACAGUGACAACCAAGAAUGUGUACAUGCAAUCAAAGCAGACGAAGGGAAAAUUGUCACCUUGAAAUUUCAUGAUAUGGACAUCGUAGCGGCUCCUACGCAGUUCUCUGGUCCAAAGUGUCUUGGCGACUUUCUACGUAUCACAGAUGGCAAAUGUUCUGAAAUUGGAAUACGCCCAUCUGUCAAAUUAUGCGGCAAAGAUGCGCCUGGUCAAUUUGUGUCGAGCGGAAAUGAUUUGUGUCUGAAAUUUGUAAGCGAUCAAUCAUCACACGGUCAAGGGUUUUCGUUGAGUUAUGCAAUUGAAGAUAAACCAAUUGAAGAACAACCUGUACGAGAUAUAUGCGACUUAAAAGGGAAGCAGAUCAAUUCCUCACUUGGGAUUGUGACAUCACCAAACUACCCCAACUUCUAUCCAGUCAAUGAGGAUUGUAAAGCCACCUUUGUGUCUCCCGACGGAUCUGGAUUUAUGUUGAAAUUUGACGCGUUUCAGAUAGGUUCACGAAGCGGAGUUAUGGAGUGCAAAAACGAUUACUUGGAAGUUUAUUACAACGACAAAGCAGAACGAAUCUGCGGAAAGGAACCUUCCAUACCAACGGUGCAUAUCCCUUCCACGAAAUUUACCAUGACGUUUCACUCAACACACGUGAAGAAGGAGAAUCGAGGCUUUGUGUUGACCUACGUCACAAAAAAAUACGCAAAAAAAUACGCAGUAGACAAGAAGACAGCAACUAAACUUCAAGCAUACAGCCAAACAAUAAAUCAAUGGUCACAAAAUCGACAACCUAUUGCAGCUAGCAAUACAAUGAAUCAAACAAUAGAGCCAGCCUCGUCAAUCAAAAAGAGCGUACUGACCAAACCAACUGAAGGGAUGAUCAGAGACAAAAAUGAACUGGUGAAGGUGCUCCUAGAGUUGUCAGAAGUAAAUCCUGACCAACUGCGUACUGCUUUACGAAAACGAAACCGUAUACCAGAACGUCCGCAAAACGUGAAGAAAUCUUACAUCCCUACCCCUACAGACUAUACAUACACAUACACAGAUUACAACGCAGGACAGUCGAACUGGCUGAACGACGACGCUCUUAAACGUGUUACUGAUCACGUGGUCCAAACAUUCGAAGACGAUUUGACUUUGUUAGGUGCUACACCUCUACGCAUUCCGUCUCGACCAGAAGCCAAUGCUGUACCAAACCCUUCAUCAUUCGUAGAUGUUGGCUUAAAAAUGGGCGAGACAAGAACUCUCCACCGAGCACUACCAAACCAACCACAAGCAGUAAACGAAGAUAAAUUGCAAGAAUUACAAGUGAAAAGUAGUAUACCCAAACACACUUGGCAAAACUCUUUGCCUUGGGGAACUCCUGAGCUUUCAAAGUUGACCCCGACAGCUUUCAAGCAAGCCAAAACUCAACAAAAAGCUGUAGACAGUCUACUUAACGGUAUAAACGACGGUGAUAUUGCAUCACAGAGUAAAUCAAUCAUAAACAAGGCAGGAAAACCAUCCCUUGCGUACCAAGCCGAAAAACCAUCAAGUGUAAACCAACCACAAGCUAUCCAACAAAGAAUGUCCAUGCUGCCUAAUGCUUUAACUCGUCCUGCAACUACAGCUUACGAAAGUGUUAAGGGAUUGGGUGCUACUGCUAAUUCGUAUCGUCCGUCACCGCUAAGCAGAUACUCUGAGGCGGUGUCUAAGCCGAUUAACAAUUUUUACGGUACGAAGGAAAGUAUUAUACCAAAACGAACUGGACCAAAUAAGAUAGAUUUAAAUGUGGGCACGCAACGAACGGAAAAAACUCUAAUACCGCACCCAUACCUUGGGCUUCAAAAAGAUGUCACCACAGUUAUUGCAAAAAAAUCCAGAAUUACUCAACCGCAAACGAUGUAUAAAAAACCUGAGACUUAUGCAGCACCUGUUUGGGGUGGCAAUAGGUGGUAUCAGAAUACAGUCCCAGGUAUAGUGAGGAACCAGAUGAACAUGCCACAAUUCUCCAUGAUGCAACAGCAGUAUCAGCCCACCGCAGCACACUGGCAACCUGCGGUGCACUCACAACCAAUUCCAUCAAUGUACACUCAACCAUACCAACCUCAACAACAGCCAUACUGGCAACAAGCAGUGAGAAGACAGUAUCAGUCGUUUCCCUUUAUGUAUAUUCCGCAUUUUGGCAUGUUCAACAACCACUGUCCACCGAAAUCAUCGUUUACGUGCAGGGAUAUUGUUUUCCAUCCUGUUUGUAAUAACGAUAACGACUGUUUGGACUUACGCUUGGGCUGUUGCGAAACAUCCUGCAAUUACGCACAAAGAGUUUGCGUGGCAAAAGCAAGCUGAAGUCACGCGCACACACAACAUUUUGCUCUGUACGUUCCAACAUGAUGCUGAAGCAGAGAAGUGAUGAAAAGACAAGUGUUCAUGCAACAUACAAGCAAGAUUGCCAAGAAGUUAUUUAGUGGGUUAAUCAAAACACGUGUUUGGAAUCGUAAGCGUAAACACUGGUGGUUUCAGACAAUAAUAAAUAGCGUUAUAUACCCUUACACGCCCUUCUAAAGCAUGAAUAAUUGCUUUCGACGUUGAUUGUAAGACAUAUGAUUUCUCUCUAUAGCAUCUAUAGCAGGUUUUUCUUUUUUUCUUCAAUUAUUUAACUUUUGCCGAUUUGACAUGUGAACUGUGAGGUUUAUUUUUAGCGUCUUUGCACAAUUUAUUAUUAUCAUUAAUGACUAUUUUAGCUUGUCAAAUUGAAAUAAAUACUCGAAGAAAACCCAAGUAAC